AUGCAAAGAAUUGUCAGCACGAAUUCUGAUGAAGGCGACGACGACGACUUGCAGAUAAUCAAUAUCGUGACCAACACACGGGUCCCCGAGAUCCCGAGCCAUAGCCAAAGCCAGGACACCCGCACCCGCACUCGCACACACACACACACACAUCGUGGGGCCCAGGCACUGCCUAGCCUGACGAUGGCAAAUACCGCAACCAGUAAUCUACGAACUUCAGGAUAUCCACAAACAACUUUGCCAAAUAACAGGAGCUCGGCACGAUUGUCGGCGCCUCCAGUUCGCGUUGUCCUCGAUCCCGAUCCUCAGUCAACGCCGCAUUCUGCUGCUGUCAAUGAUACCGAAACUGAGAUCGAAGAGGAAGAGGAUAACGAUAACGAUAACAACAAUGAAGAUGAUGAAGAUUUGCAGAUUACAGGGGAGCAACGCGCAGAGUCUCCCUACAUAGAUACGCCAGUGGGACGAAUAACACACCUGCCGAGUUUCAUCCAGAGGGUGAUACAUUUUCGGCGACCCACCCCCACAGCACAACAACAUCAACAUCAUCAACAUCAUCAACAACAUCAUCAUCAUCAUCAACGAUAUGGCACUAGACAAACCAAUCUCACGUCUCGAGGCGUUGGGCCCAUGCAGCCCUUUGUAUCUGAACACUCAGGUCAGACACAGAACGCGAUGCCCACGGAUCGUUUCAUCCAAAGACAAGGAAGACUUUACAGGACCCAUCCCAAUUCAAGACCGCAUCAAGUACCAGCGCUUGCAAUCACUGAGCGGCGGAUUCGCGAGCAGAUUGAGCAAGCCUACAUGAGACAAGGUCACGGCCGUGGGAAUGGGAAUGGGAAUAGCGGUCCAUCCCCGUUUUCGCUUGAAGAAGGAGCCCAGCGGUUUUUCUAUGAUUUGGGUCCCUUUUCCAAUCAAGCCAUACAGCGGCAUCUUAUGAUUGGCGGAGGCGUGGGCGAAGCUGAGUUUGAUCGGCAGGUAAUGCAAACUAUCGAAGAGGACAAUCAACGAAUCAUCGAUGAUAGAAUACGGACCGAGAGCGAGUACAACCGGAAGUUUUUGCAGUCGAAAUUGAAACAGGCUGAAGUGAAACAGUCCAAGAAUACCCAUACAACCACCAUCAAGGCUGGAGAAUUGCUAGUCUGCGAGCUCUGUGGCGUCGUUUUGGGCGAUGGUGCGCCAGAGGACUUUAAAGGCGACCCUGGAUACAACGCCAACUUUGUCAAGUACACCCAGGAGUACAACACUAAGGCACCGUGGUUCUGCGUUUACCCGUUCACCGUGGCCGACGUUGAUCUAAGUAAACGGAUCUUUGUUGCCAAAUGCGGCCACACUUAUUGCGGCAGGUGUGUGAGAAACAUCGUUACGCGGCCCAAGAGCAAGGCAGAGAAGAACACGGUGACGGGUCCCACCAUCGGCAACCCUCAGAUUUUCGCUCCGCGGACUUGUAUAGCUGAUGACUGUGGCAAAAGGUUCCAGGGGAAAUCAUUUAUAGAAACCUUCUUUUGA